AUGUCUUCCGAACUAGAUUUACUCAAACAAGAAAAUGCUAAGCUAGUGGCCGAAAACGCUUCACUCUUGGCUAAGGAGGCAGGGUUUAUUGCCAGAAUCGUGGAGUUAGAACAGACCGCCAAAGAAAAUGCCGAGCUUAAAGCCAAAGUCGCGAAAUUGGAACAGACUGCAGAGGAAAAUGCUGAGCUUAAGGCUAGAGUCGCGAAAUUGGAACAGAAGCAGUUACAAAAUGAUAUUUCUUCCAAUACUGGUUCAUCCAACUCCUCGUUCAUAUCGCCAGAAGAUAAAGAGGUCGAUGAUUUUGUGGAUUUGAAAGUUAAAGAAAAGAUUAGGAACGAUCAAAGUCAUGUGAUUUUAACAGAGUCGCCUUCGUUGCAAACUGAAGUGUCUAAAUUAGAACAGGACGAUGAAAUUGAUAAAAACCAAAUCGUUGAACAAGGUUUAAUACAAGAAUUGCAUUUACCUACUAAAGAAAACGACAAUUCGAAAAUAAGAGCUAGAAAACUUCUUAUGUUAUUCGGAAAAGAUGGGGUUGGAAUAGAUAAAAUUAAGCAAGUCACUUAUAGCGCGAAUGAGAUUUCAAAACUGACUAAUGUCCAGAUCCAAAGUGUUAUAAAUCAAGUGACUUUAAAAACCGUUCCCUCAGGGAACGAUCAGACUAAUGCAGAGGUGAGUGCUUUAUCUAAUGCACGAAGUGCUCACACAAGUGUAUCAUCUAAUUCAGCUCAUAAUCGUGAUUAUUUUCGUAAUAAAAUAUUAGGUCGAUACCCUGAUAUAUAUAGAGAAUUUAGCAGUGAAAAAUUUGAUUGCUAUGGAGCUAUUGAUAAGUCGUUAUGUCCAGCAUGUAAAUUAAGUCAUAAGGAUGAGAAAAGUAUAAGAGGUAAAAAUGAAGCCGGAUCUUAUUUUAUUAACAAGAAAUUGAAAUAA